AAGGCGCGGAGCGGCGUCAAAGCUCUCGCUAGCGCUGCUUGUGGCCACACAGCCCCUCUCUCUCUCUCUCUCUCGCCCGCUUUGCCUGCUUCUCAUCCGGAGCUGCUGCCGAGAGAGACCGAGGAAGGAGGCGCCGAAAGAAGCGAGGAAGGAGAAGGAAGGAAGGAGGAAAGGAAGGAAGGAAGGAAGGAAGGAAGGGGUCUCCUGCCGCCCUGGACCGAGGCAGGGCCAACCAGGCAGGAGGAGGAGGAGGAGGAGGAGGAGGAAGGAGGGCGCAGGAGGAGGAGGAGGAGGAGGCAGGAAGAUGGAGUCGGCGCCGGGGAGCCCCGCCGAGAGGGCGAGCGAAGCCGACGAAGCCGCUCUGGGCCCCACGGAGCCGGCGGGGAACGCCACGGAGCCGGUGAAAGACGGAGGCGAGCGAGGAGAGCGAGGAGGGGGAGAAGGGAGCCCCUCGGAGCAGCCCCCGCCCCAGCAGCAGCCCCCGCCUCCGCCGCCCCCCGCCAACCGCCGCCAGAGCUAUGCCUCCUCCUCCUCGUCCUCCUCGUCCUCCUCCAACGGCAGCAGCAGCACCACCGCCAGAGCAGAACGGGCAGGUAUUUCUGUCACAAAGAAGACUCACACAUCUCAAAUUGAAAUUAUUCCAUGCAAGAUCUGUGGAGACAAAUCAUCAGGAAUCCAUUACGGUGUCAUUACCUGCGAGGGAUGCAAGGGUUUCUUUAGGAGGAGUCAGCAAAGCAACGCCACAUACUCCUGCCCCCGUCAGAAAAACUGUUUAAUCGACCGGACAAGUAGAAAUCGUUGCCAACAUUGUCGGUUACAGAAAUGCCUUGCUGUGGGGAUGUCUCGAGAUGCUGUAAAGUUCGGCCGAAUGUCAAAAAAGCAGAGGGACAGCUUGUACGCAGAAGUGCAGAAGCACCGGCUACAGCAGCAACAGCGCGAUCACCAACAACAGCCCGGAGAGGCAGAGCCCUUGACGCCCACCUACAGCAUCACCACCAACGGGCUCACAGAACUUCACGAUGACCUCAGUAAUUACAUUGAUGGGCAUACCCCUGAAGGUAGCAAAGCAGACUCUGCCGUUAGCAGUUUCUACUUAGACAUACAGCCUUCUCCAGACCAGUCGGGGCUUGAUAUUAAUGGAAUCAAACCAGAACCAAUAUGUGACUACACACCUGCAUCGGGCUUCUUUCCGUAUUGCUCUUUUACAAAUGGAGAGACUUCUCCUACUGUGUCCAUGGCAGAAUUAGAACAUCUUGCACAGAACAUUUCUAAAUCACACAUGGAAACCUGCCAGUACUUGAGGGAGGAGCUACAGCAGAUAACAUGGCAAACUUUUCUACAGGAAGAAAUUGAGAACUACCAGAGCAAGCAGAGGGAAGUUAUGUGGCAAUUAUGUGCAGUGAAAAUAACAGAAGCGAUACAGUAUGUUGUGGAGUUUGCCAAACGCAUUGAUGGCUUUAUGGAAUUGUGUCAAAAUGAUCAAAUUGUGCUUUUAAAAGCAGGGUCUUUAGAGGUUGUAUUUAUCAGAAUGUGCCGUGCCUUUGACUCCCAAAACAACACAGUGUACUUUGAUGGCAAAUAUGCUAGCCCUGAUGUAUUCAAGUCAUUAGGUUGUGAAGAUUUCAUUAGUUUUGUUUUUGAAUUUGGAAAGAGUUUAUGUUCUAUGCACCUUACCGAAGAUGAGAUCGCAUUAUUUUCAGCUUUUGUUUUACUAUCUGCAGACCGAUCAUGGCUUCAGGAAAAGGUAAAAAUAGAAAAGCUGCAACAGAAGAUUCAGUUAGCACUUCAGCAUGUGUUGCAGAAGAACCACCGAGAAGAUGGAAUCUUAACAAAGCUAAUAUGCAAAGUGUCUACAUUAAGAGCACUGUGUGGACGACAUACAGAAAAGCUUAUGGCAUUUAGAGCAAUAUACCCAGACAUUGUGCGACUUCAUUUUCCUCCAUUGUACAAGGAGUUAUUUACUUCAGAAUUUGAGCCAGCAAUGCAGAUGGAUGGGUAAAGGUAUUACCUAAGCACUUCUAGAAUGUCUGAAGUAGAAACUUUAAAAAAUGGAAAAAAGGAAAACAAAAACAAAAGAAACCAAGACACUUUAUAUGGCCCUGCAUAGACCUAGGGAGCCAACACACUGCACAUCUUCUGGUGAUCGGAGUCAGGCAAAACGAAUGGGAAAACGAAACAAGAGUUGGACUUGUUUUCUCAUGCAUACGAUUUCCACGAUGCCUACCGAUACGGACCCUUUUAUUUGUCUUGACUUCUCAGUCUUUGACCUCUGUUUACACAGAAUGAGGGUACUAAAAUCAGGAGGUUUCCUUUUCCUUGUAACUCACUGCCCACAGACUUUCCUAGAGCAAUGUUUUGUUAGUCAGAAAGAACAGAAUCUCCAGCUAGAAACCAGCAACUGGUGUGCAUUGCAGAGGCUUCAGCAUCAGUUUUGCACAACUUGCUCAUUGUUUCAUGAAGGACGAUUUCUUUUCACCCUACCGUUGAUUGCCAGAAGGCGGAAUGGCAUGAAAAGGUUCCAUAGCAAUAGCAACAAUAGCAUUAUAAUCUAUUACAGGGUAAAUGGGCAUGAAGUCUAUAUAUAGCAAAAGAGAUAUUGUUUAUAUAUUUGUUUUAAUUAAUAUAAAAAAACCGUAGUUACUGGUAUAGCUUUUAUUGUUGAAUUGAUAAGGCACUUUCAUUUUGCACCUUUUUUUUCCUUUUAAAUUAUAUGCUAGCGUGUUCAUUGUCGUGCUGCAUGUGCACCAGAAAUUCAAGUUUAACUGAGGGAGGUUUGGAAGGUAUGGGGACACUGCAAGGUGUUGAUGCUGCUGUUUUCCACAUUUACUUUGAAAGAGAGGCUGGUCAUAUCCUGAAACACCUUCGGCGAUUUCGCGUGAUAGGGCAGGGAAGGAAUAGGAAGACACAAUGCUAAACGUUUAGUUUUGUGUUUUAAAUAGACAGUCUUGUUGUAGAGAGGACAAUAACAAAAUCCCUGUUCUGAAUUAACACUGAUCGCCAACACGGGGAUAAAGAACUUUGAUGUUUAAUCACCUAAAGGAAUGAGUUGGCUCCCAGUAGCACCUUUUAAAGUCAGCCCACUUUUUUAGGUGAGUAAACAUAGGUUCAGACAACCAAAUUCGGACACCUGUAUUUUGGAAAUAUUGGUCCUAAUAAUAACUUUUGUUUACAUUUAGUGUGAGUGUGUGUGAGUGAGUGUGUAUGCAUGUGUGUGCCAUCAGUCAUAUGUUGAAAGAGACAGAUAUAAUAUAAUCAUUUGAAAUAAAAUGGACUUUGCCAGUUGGCUUGCAUUCAUUGCACAGUACCUACAUCUCUUUCACAUAUUUCAUCCGGAGAACUGUUUCCUGUUUGUUUUCUAUAGUGAAGAGUGGGCUUACUGGCAGCUUUCUACUCCAUAAAACAAAACAAUGCAAUUUAAGCACGUAACCUCUCUUUCUGAAAUCCAAGUAGCCUGAAUUGGCCAAAAGUAUUUAUCAAUUGUUCCAAAUUCUGUUCAGUUUUCCCUUUCAGGAUUCCAUUCUUUUCAUGUUCGCCUUGCAAUGUAAUUGCCAGCUGAAAGCACACCAUUUGGGUUUGGUCUGUUUUAGCCAAGGUAACCACAACAACAGUAGGAAUUCUACUGGUAGUUAGAAUGGGCUCAUAUAACAUGACUGUCCUCCCUCAUAAAUGUCUCCAGACACUGCUUAUUGCCACAGUAUUUGCCAUUGUAAUGGCAGUGAGACCCCCAACAUGACUUUAAAUUAAGCCACAUAUGAUAUCCUAUCACAAAAUGGCAUUGAAAUUUCCAAACUACUGAAAUUAAUGGCUGUAAUAGACCAAUUAUAGUGUCAGUUGAUGCAGGAUGUUUCUAGUAAUUCACAUUUCUUUUAAAAAAUCAUUCACCUACAUAGGGGAGAAAAAAUAACUGAAGGACACAGAAUUUCAUAUUAUUGCAUCUCUGGGGUGCUAUUUCCUCCAAAAUAUUUGGAGGUUUUAUAUUAAUAGAGAAUAGACAUUUUCCCUAGGAACAUUCCCACCAUCUCUUGGAGCUUCCCCUAAAAUGUAGCAAUUCCAUAUAGACCGAAACAUGCCAGAAUCACAGUUCCAAGCAUAUUGAGCUUCGGUUUGUCCUAAUUUAUUACUGGCUUCCUUUCUCUUGAAUCAUUUUGUGCUUGCAGUGUUUCCCACUACUGAAAGUUAGAGAUUCUGCGUGUUUAAUUUGUUGACAGUGAAGAACUCUUAAUUAUUCUGAAGAUCACUUUUAACUCUGUCUCCCAACUACCUCUUUGAUGGAAAUGUUUCAAAGACUGAAGUGAUUAAAAGGUUCAAUUCAGGAUAGCUGAUAAUGUAAGCAGGCUCUUCAAGUUGCACCUCAGUUGUUCAAGUGACUCUUUUUAAAGUGGAUAUUAUAAUAUAGCAGCCUUCAGCAUCCUGAUGAUUUAAAUUUACAUAUGGAUGUAUGUUUCUCCUUUUCUCAAGGCUUACGAGUUUCCAUCAAAAACUAAAUUAUCAAGCUAUCUAGACAUCACUUUAUCGGGCUUAUAUAAAGUUCAGGAAAAAAAUAAUCAGCUAUUUCACGUUAUUGUCAAAUUUAUUAUUUGUUUACAACAGAAUAUUCAGGAAAGUAACAAUCAUUUUUAACCUGUUGCAGAAUGGUUACAUUGCAGAAUACCCUAGUAAUCCACAUGUUCAGUGCAAUAUAGGACUACUAUUUAGGAAGCUGAAUGGAUGACUGCUCUUUGGCAUCUAAUGCAUGCUGCAUUGUCUUCAGAAGCUUUCUAGUGCCAACCGUGGAAGAGAAACCACAAGUUAGCCUUCUCUUGGUAUGCUUUAGCACUAUAAUGCCAGUUCACUCAGACUGGAAAAUUCAGUGACUGGAAAAUUCUUAUCUCUAUUUUAUAAGCAAAUUUUAAGCUGCAUAAUAAGCUCUACCACCCCUGCAGACUCUAUACACACAUAUUUAUUCAUAGUAAAAGCCAUGCACAGGAAACCCAUGAAGGUGUUGAGCCUGGGUUGCUUCUCAUGAAUGGAAUACUGAAAGGUUCCAAAUUUCAUUCUUUCACCCUGUAUGUCUGAUUCCCAAGUUAGGAUCUAUUUCAAAGAAUGGAAACAAUUUUAGAGGUGUGCGCUCCCAAAUGCUUUGUUUGUUUUAUUGGAGUACCUAGUAGUAAAUGUCAGUAUUGUUAUUUUUCUAUGGAUAUCAUCUGGGCUGCUUAACAAACAAGAAUUUUCUGAAUGUGACCAGCCUCAAGUGCUAAGCUAGUGAAAGUUCAACCGAAUUAAAACAUCAGUAUCUGCAAGUCAAUGCCUGUUUAAAAUAUGCCAUUUACUAGAGACUAAAAGUACAAAACUUGAACCACAAGAAGAACAAACAUAAGUUUCUUUUGGUAGUAAAUAGGACAGUUUCAGUAUCAACUCUUAGCCCUGCCACCAGAUGUGGCUACUAAACAGGCUGUGGCCAUGCAUUUAAACAAAAUAUACUUAGUCAUUAGAUUUAGCCUACUAACUUGCUGGGAAGUAUGCUAGUUAUACCCUUAAAAGCUGGAGUUCUGUCUCAAAAACCAAGCACUUUAUGUCUAAAAGUUAGACACAUACUGUUAUCUUAAGUAAAAGUUAUGGAGGCUGCUAGUUGCUUAUAACUCCCUCGAAACCCAGAAAUUUAUGCUUAAGAUGCAAUACAAAUGCACUCUUCAUCUCAGUUAUUCGCAAGUUACUGCUAUUGAAUAAAGCAGUUGGAAUUUAUAUGAGGAAAGACAAAUGUUCCUACUAAUAUACGGCUCUCAGUAUCCGAGCAGGGAGGAAACUGAUCUGAUUAUUUAAAAAAAAAUCUUUGGAAUUUUAGCAUCUGAAAGUAGCUUAUGUAGUGUACUCAAACUGGAAAACCUGCAGGCUGGAGGCUGAAUUCCAGGUAUAUGAAGUAGAUAACUUUUAAUGUCUUUCUAAGCUCUAUUAUAUAAUCAGUUGAAGUUGCAUAGAAGACUUGCAAUUGUUAGUAGUGAACCCAAAACUGUUUUUAAGGUAGGAUAGGGCUCAACAUUGUCAGGGAAUCAGUAUUAAUUGACGACCUGAUGGUAUGUAUUGACAAAAAGUUGAAAACACAAUACAUUGCAAUAAAACAAUCUUAAAUAUUGCUGUCAUUGUCGUCGUCAUCUAGCUAGGUUCCAUGAAGGCAAUAGCAAAAUAAAGGUAAUUUAGUACAAUUUUUAUUGUUAAUUCCUGAGAUGAUUCAGUUCCAUAGGAGUCAUGUUAGUCCAGUUGUGGCUGAUUACGUAAAUGAGCAGGCUUCAGCCCCACAUCUCCCCCUCCACAACCUCGAGAUUCUGGGGUCCAUGGGUAUUAGAUUAACUCAAGAAAACUAUUAAUUGAAAUAGUUUGGGCUACCAUCGCUCACUCUUUUUGCUGGACAUAGGGCAUGGAUGGAAUCUUUCAAGCUUAUCAACAGAAAUCCGUAGCUCCAAAACACAGGGAUGUACUUUUGUGUCUCUAGCAUGACUUUUUUUAAAAAUAAAUAAUAAUAAUAAUGAAAAAAUGACAUGAUGUGAGAUACUGCUUUCAGUUUGGUUGUUCUUUUACUGAGCUUUUACACCAUCAUCACGAUCUGAAUAAUACAUUUUGAAAGUGUGUGUAUUCCCCUGUGCGCAUGGGAUAUGUGUGUGUAUGUGGUUGCUUAUCGGCCAUUAAGUGUCCAUGGAAUUAAGAAAAUGUGUUGAAGAUAUUUAAGUCAAAAAUAGAAGGUGGAAGAAAAAUCUAUAUAAAGCCUUGUCUGGGCCACUUAGAGAGACUUCUAUUUUUUUAACCCUUCUAUAAAUAUUUGAUGGCACUUGAAAUAUUCCUGCAAUAAAAUGUGAUUUGUGUAAAGACAAACAAGCAAACAAAAAAAGAUUUUGUAAUGUGAAACAAUGAAAGAAAGCAAUGUAAUUUUUCUAAAAAAGAAAAAGAAAAAACAAACGUACCAACUUUGUAUUAUUUUUGUCAAUGGGAUUUGUCUACUUGUCUUUGGAAAACUUUUUAUUUCAUUGAAUGUGCCAUAUAGAGUUGUGGGUUGUGGUGGUGAUGGUGUUAUGUUGAGGAUUUUGUUUUGUUUUUUUUAAAAAGUUUUAGAUGACAGGAAAGCUAUUUGUGUUACCGACAUUCCAUAAUGUGUGAGGACAUAGCAUAGUACUUUUUUUAAAAGACAAUUUAUUAGUAAGCUUCAGUCAUUGUUGCUUUUUUGCACACAUACUUCAUUCCUCUAUAGUGCAAUAUGUACAUAGAGCACUUGCGGGUUUUAACCUUGAUCCCUCAGGGAAAAAAAUGUGUAUUUGUUGUACAGGUUUCCUUUUCUUUCCUUUUUGCCUUCUUUUUUCUUUUGCUACGGAAUGUCGACUGAAUCACUUGUUGUCAAGGGGCAGCCAGAUAAUAAUCCUAACACCACUGCCAAAAAAACAUUGACCAUGUAAUCAUCCAUGCCCUGCCAUUCACAACACAUUUUUCUGACAGUUCUUUGUGCGAAUUGGGGAAGAAAAAAAAAAGGGUAUAUAAGCACCUUAUGAUUGACUUAACUGUGAAUGACAAUCCAUCUUGUGAUAAAUAAUAUAGACACCCUAUCAUUUAGAAGUUGGGGUCCAAAAGUCUGGAACUAAUGCGCUCAGGGAUCUUCUAAAACUCUUCAACAGGGUGGCCAGUACUUCUGGGAGAAAUUGCUUUUUAACAGUGUUGUACUAUCUAUCCCUCCAUUGCACAACUGAACUGGGCAGAGACAUUUCUCUCUAAAUUGAUUCUCAGUUGUCUGGGUUUCCAGAUCUUCUACUGCUCAACCCUGGUAAGGGCUGGCACAUAAUAACAACAGCAACAGCAGCAACAACAACACCUUUCUAAAGCCACUGAGUAUUUUAAUAUGUUAGAGAACUAUUAAUUUUGACCCAUAAAAUGAAUUGUUUUGAGUUUUUAAUAUAAGCCUAGUUUAUCAUGUUUUAAAUGCACUGCCCCUGUAUCCGUGGAGGUUACAUUCCUGAACUUACUAUGGCUAAUAACAAACCCUAUUGAAAUGAAUGACUUCCAAUGGAAGUUCUCACAGACUUGCCCUGAAGGACUUGGACAACUCCUAGACAGGUAAGCUCUCCAGGAAUUUGCUAUGUCCUCCAAGGCAACUCUACAGUAACUUCUAGUGAAAGCAUAAUAUAGAAUCACCUGAAGAUGUGGCAAAUUGAGAGAAUAUAUUUUUGUUGGAUGUAGGUAGGUGAAACUGGGGGUGUCAAUCCCACAGGUUUGGGGGUUGUGCUAUAUAUCAUCUUGAUUUUGUCUAAGAAGCUUCUGAGGCAGAACUUUAGGCGGUUUUCAGGAGAUUGCAAUUAUACUACCAGAGUUUCCAGAGUGUUCUAUAUUUUCUAAAAAAUCUAUAAUUCAUAUAGAAAAACAGUUCUGGAAGUCUUCAUUGGGUGGCAAUGUAAAUUUAGUUUACGUAUUUAUUUUUGUAUGAAAUUUAGUGCUGGCACUUGGCAGCACAAUGAAUGAGCAUUUAAUAUUUGUUGCCACAAACCUUUAUAACAUGUUAAAUAUAACCUCACAUUACAGUGAGAGCCAGAUAAUUUAGAAUGCAAUUAGAGAAACAUGUUUCCCAGGAAAGAUUAUAACAUUUUCACUAUUUGGGCAUAUGCUUCACUUUAAUAACUUCAAACCAAAAAUUGUUUUUAAAGCAACGCAGUAAUAAUCCCUGGUGCAAUUGCUAAAUUAAUAGAAAUAUAUUGCAACUAUCAAUGUGCCAAUCUGUGCCAAAAUAUAAAGGAGGGAUGGGGAGGGGGGAGAUAAGAAAUUUUUAAAAGCUCAACAAGAAGGGUAAAAGUAGAGCUGUCUUAGAUAUGUGGUUUUUGUGCCCUAUUCCAAAUUCGUAAAAACAGGAAGUGUGAUAAAAGUAAUAAAAAUGAGCAAAGGAUUUAAGAUUUACUCUGUUUAAUUGUUAGGCCAAAGAAAAAGUAUUUACCCGUUCAGCUAUACAGCUGAAUCCUCCUUUACACACACUUUAUUUAAAUUAUAUACCAUGUCUAUUACUUUUGUUUUUCCCUCCCAAUUGUAAAGCAAUAUUUUUUAUUUAUAAUUGCCAAAACAUGCAUAAAGCAUGUAUUGCGUGUUGUGAUUUAAUUGCAUAAUGGUUCUCUUUUUAAAUCAAAUAUAGUGAAAAGAGUUGUUUAUUGGAAGGAAGAACUACCCCUUUCUCCCCUAUUAUAUUUCUCUACUAGCAACUUUAGCCUGCAGUAAGAGACUACAGUGUGAAGCACGCUCCAGUGUGCCUGCUUGCAGUCAAAAGAUAUUUAAAAACUGUACAUCUAAUUCUAUAUAGUGAUUCAAGAAAGCAUAGCUAAUAUACGUUCAUACAUUUCUGUUCUGUAUGCCAACGUGAAGGCGUGUGAAUUAUUUAUUGGCCAGUUCCUAUGUAGAACUGUAGACUGUUUUCCAGUCAUUUGAUUAUUCAUUUAUAUGAAGAGAUCUUGUGAGUGCCAGUCAUGCAGCUCAGAUACCCCAGUGGCUUAGGGACACAUCUUCAUGAUCUCCAUAUGAACACUGCAGUGAGUCUCUUGAACUCUGACAGAUGACAUCCAUCUGUAUAUAAAGACGAGAAAGUGCUGAUGGCAUAAUUGGUCCCUGCCACUGCUUUUUUGUGGAGAUAAAACUGCAGAGCUAUGCCAAACCUGGUCCUUUGUAAGCGAGACAGGUGUCCAAGGCAUUGCUCCAAUUCCCAGAGCAUCGCCUUGCACCAACCUAUAAACUGUAAGAGUUGAUAUAAAAUAUUUAGUUGAAUUGUUUAUGUGUGUGACACUUUAUUCUGAAAAUAUUAACCACUUUGAGUUGUCUAUGGGGGAAAAGGUUGUUGCAAACCAAAAAUAAUCAUAGUCUCUACCUGUGUAUUAUUAAAGCAGCCAGGCUAUUCUGAAGUUAAAUGUCUAGCUGCUAUGGAAAGCAUAAGGUGGAGCGUAAGGCAAUAUUUAUCCCAAGUUCGUUAGGAGUACUGUUGGAUUUAAAUUAUUUUCAUACAAUUCUUACAUACAACUAACCACAUGAACACAUUUUAAAUGUGUACCUUUUAUGUUGCUUCAGUGGAAUAUUUCUGGUAGAGCGGUGCUAGGGAAACCACCAAAGCCCUGCGUAAUCAACCAAUUACUUACCAGUUGAUUAAAUGACGCCACAAAUAAAUUUUUGGGAACAUUCUCCCAACUUAUCUUAUUCUGGUUAAUUGUAUUACAAUAUUUCACUAUUCCACAAUGCAGUCUCUGAGAGAAAUGUGGGGAUAUCAUGUUUAAUUCUUACUAAAUGGAAAUUAGUUUGCUCUUUUCUUUCUUUUUGUGUGUUUUGUUAAAAGCUUCAGAGAGCUCUAGGAAUCAAGAAACAUGUAAUUUACCAUUAUUUUAUGUAUAUAAACACAUGGAUCCAGUUUCCACAUUUUUGGUAGCAGGGCAUAAUAUCUUCAGAGCAAUAAAUCAACCUAAUCCAAAUAUGAAUGCUUAGCUCCUGUGCAUUAAGGCAUUUUGAAUCUUCACACCAACCAUUGUCAGUUGCCAUGCAAAUGUCAGAUUUUUCUGCUGUGAUACUCGUUUCGGUAUCAUCGCUCAUCCCAUCAGCUGUUAGGAAUAUGCAACACUCCCCUUCCCGAAAAACCCACGGCAUGCUUUGUGCUACAUCCUUGCAAUAUUGUGUGCGGAUUUACUUUGCAAUGCAUACUUGAGUCUUUCUCAUAUUCCUCAAGGCGUUUGUCUAAAGAUGCAUAAAUGUACAGGACCCUGCAAGUUGUUUGUUAUCCUCGUAUCUAAAUGCAGAAAAUUCAUAAGCAAUACAGUGAAUUUUAUUUCACAAACCACAGAGGUACUGUAUAUAUAUUUUCCUAACUCCAAAAUUUUCUAUUUUGACUCAAAGAAAAUUUGUAAGCAAAUACACACCACAGUGGUAACUCUUUUGACUAUUAGGACAUUAACUGGCUGCUUCUUUCUAUGUAAUUGUAUUGUCCACCUGCUCCUUUUUUCGGAGAUGUGUUUUUGUAUGGAUGUUUGAGCCAAUGGGAGGCUUCAAGUUACAAUGUAUUUUCCCACUUUAAAUAUAUUUAACAUGUGACAAACCCCAGACAAGGCUUUUAAAAAUGUAAGAAGAACUGCAGUGUUAGGUGGUUUAUUUGCAAAAUGUUUUCAGUGCUGUCCAUUUAUGGCACUUUUAACAAUAUUCUUGUUUCCAAAGUACAAAAUAAAGGUUAAAAAUAUUCUAGCCAUAACUGAAUGUCAAGCAAUAAAAGCAACGACUUUUUGUGCAUAGAUUUAAAAGAAAUACAAAUUUUAGACAUCUGCAUGUAAAUGCAAAUCUUUUGUUUACUGCUUUCUUAAACUUGAUCAACCAACUCCUUAUUUUAUUACUAAUUUAAGGACUUGUAAUGGCCUGUACACAUUUUCUCUUGCUCUAAUUCUUAUGUCAUUAUCUUUGUCUCAGCUUCUGAGUCAUACUCUUCAGUGUUGUUCUGCUCAACUUCUGUAUGGUUAUAACUAUUUUGCUUUCAUUCUCUAUAGAUAAAAAUAUACUAUUUAAAAAGCCUAUGCGGUGCAAAUAUUUAUCUGUUUAUCAAAUACCACAUUAUGCUGUAUAAUAUCUGUUUUACUAUAUACUCUAUUUUAGAAAUAGCUGUUUAGAACUAGAGUGUGCUAUUUUUGUGUUUUUCUGAUGUGUGGUGCUAGAUAAGUUAAUUUUAUGAGAAAGAAAAUCUCCCUUUCCCAUUUUACUCCUAGACAAUACCACGUUUGGGUCUUGUACGAUUUCACUGAAUAUUUAUGUGUGCAUGUGUAUAGGCAUUAUACACAUUUACACAGACGCCCAAGCCAAGUACCUGUAUCAGAGUACUAGAUUGGGGUACGGUUUCUCUUUGAAUAUAUAGUAUAAUUUGAUAAAGGUGUCUCUGGCAUAUUUAAUCUGGAGAAAGUUUAACUCCUCAGUGCCGAUAUUUGAUAUCCAACCUUGUUGCUUUGCUCUCUCUCUCUCAUCUCGCCCAACCCUCCAUCCACAUUCCUUGCGCUGAAAGAUUUGCAACACUCCUUUGGCUAUCCUUGGUGCUGCGUUUUUGAAACCAAGUAACCCAGAAGAAAAAGCACUCAAUUUUCUGUGCCAAAUUACCCUUCUCUGUCAUGUGUAAGGUAUUAAAGUGUGUAUGUUGCUUCAAUGGCAUGCCAACGGUUUGGUUUCCAAUCUGGGAUCCAUGGAAUAUUGGACCAUAUUGAGGGAUCCGUUAUAUUUCCUUGGGGUAAGGAGAAGAGUAGCACACCACAUGCAUAAAAAGCAACCCCGCACAACUAUGAUUCAAUUAGAAAUUAAAUUUGCACUAGUAGUACAAAACACUUGACAUCACAUUUAACACAUAAAGCAUACAACCCGCAGUACAACAAAAGUAAAAAUAAAUGAGCUGUUUGCAAGGGAUCAAGAUCCCGAUCCAGAUCAAAUAUCUGCAUCGCCCCUACAGUUUACCCCAAAUCGACUCCAAAUAUGCAGUUCUCAGCUGAGUUCCUUUAUAUAAAAAAAGGGACGCAACAUGUCACUUCUCUUGAAUUGCUGAGCUUAGCAAUGUCACUCCAAGAAAGAGCUGUAUGGAAUCACCACCUAUCUGAUAUAUUCACAGGGCUUAUGUACACUGCCACCGCCACAUACCUACACGUUCCUCACAUGGAGGAGCAGGUUUCUGAAGCCAUUGUCUCCAUGUGAGCCCACGUGAGGUUUCAGACAUUCCAACAAACGAUUAUGUGAGAGCUGAUCACUGCCUGAACGAAAUCCAUGGCUCAAUCCCUGCCACUGCCACCAUCAUCAGAAAUCCCAAGGGGUUAAGAAUUAUGUCACCAGUAGUGAUUUUCAAAGAAGGUUCAGAAUAAAACUCUUCCAAUGUCUUUCAUACCAACAUUUGUGGCCCACUUCAUUAGAUUGUGCCAGUAGAGCAGUUAGUGUGCGCGUAGUGUCUCAAGUUGUUUUAAUGAGAGCGAAACUCCAACAGUGAUGAUAGGGAGUGGAAUAGACGGUGUAAACAUGUGCUAUGCCACCACAGACUACUACCGAAGCCCUUUCCUACAUGCAAUUGACUGUAUUACACUUAAGCAUUUCACUAAAUAGGUCCAUUCUAGGCAUACACAAGUAAUUAAAAAAAAGGAACCUUCCAUUUCUCCUUUGGCAUGUAUAGGUCUAUAUAGCACUACAGGGCACAAUCCCAUAUAUGCUAAGGAAUAAGUUCAAUUAAUCUGAAAAGUCUUGGUACCAGAAAAAUGGGUGCUGAAUGUCAACCUAAAACGAUAACCCAAUGGACUCCAAUGAACUGAGUGGGGAUCAGUUCAAUAACAAUAUGGUAUGUUUAGUUUCUGAAUGGACCGUUGGCCGUGCUAUUGCAUACAGAGAACACUGAACAAGUAUUAUAAAGGUGCUGAUAAAUUCUAUUUCUGUCCCUCGGCUCCAUCAACCUGCUCCUCUUAUACUCAAUGUGUAGGGUACUUCUGUUUUUUCACUGUGAGUUUGCUAUACAUUCAGAAAAAUAUAGUCAAGCGUGAACUGGAAAAGGUACAUGUAAUUCUUGGUGGUACCACAAAUUGCACAGCCUAAUUCUGAAUAGAAUGUGGCAUCUAAAAUACCACAACAGUAUAAUUUUUAAAAAUGAGUAGUAUUAAGAUAUUACUUCAUACCAUUCAUCACCAGCAUCAUCUCUGGCAAUGACCCAAUGGAUAUCAAAUAUCUAAAACGAGGAAAUAAAUGAACUUUAAAAUAUUUAUUACAACUCUUUUCUGUACUGUUACUGAAGUUGUAUGAUCUUUAGCAAAGAUUUUUGAGGAAUUUAAGAAGCUGUUUGUUUACCGCACUUUUUGAUAAUAGAGGAUAGUAAAUAUUAAAGCCACAAGUCCUGGCCCCAUGCACUGGUUCUGUCUUUUGAUUUAACAAAUGAACCGUUAUUCUGGAAAUACAAAUUGUAUCUGCACCCUGGCUUCAUCUAAUGAGUAGAAAAUUUAAGUACAAUCACUUUCAGGAUGAUUAGUUUAAACAAGUUAUUUAAAGGUGACAACCAUCUUUACAAAUGCAAGUCCAUGAAUAUUUUUCUUUCCCUUAAGGAUUCAAAUCACUCUUAAAACAGAGAAUUUAUUUCCUUUUUUGUCUAAUAUGUGUGUUGCAUAUUUUAAACUAGUGACGUUUUCCUAAUUGUUUGGGCUUUAUUGUUUUAUAAAUUAUGCAAGUUUGUGUGAGUAAUGUUUCUCAUGUAAUUAAAUGUCUGAAGAAAAAGAAUAAAUGCUGAUUAUAAAUAUUAUUGGUUUGAGGAUUAAGCACAUAAACAUCACCAACCUCACUGAGUGACACACUCAGUCUUAUGUAAAUAACUACAAAUUGACAUGAAUCUUUACUGUACAUGCAAAAAUGUGUUGUCUUAUGUGUACAGUAUGUACAAAUUCAUUUUCUAGUUAUGAUGAAAGCAUAAGCCAUUGAGAGAAAUAUUAAAAGUAAUAUUGUAAUAAAACUUCGCCAAUGAUCUUUGCCCCGUUAUCACCUUUUUCACGUCUAUCAGAUCUUUUAGAACUCACUUUCACUCGUCAGCUGAGACUCAACCGUUUGUUAUUUUACCCCGAUCCAGAAUAAAGUAUUUUGACUCAUUUUGUAAAUACAACUGUAAAAAUAAGAGAUUUAAUGUUGUCUUUUAAAUACUCCGAUUUUCAUUCUAAUAUGAAUGUUGUUAUAUUCUACUUAGAACCUGUACCUUUAAUAUUACAUUACCUUUAUUAAGUGCAUUGAACACAUCAAUUUUAGAUGUGCUUUAUGUACUGUUCUCCUGUAAUAAAACUUCAGCUUCUAAUGGAAA